CUGAUUGUCUUUAGCGAGCAUCGGGACAACCCCAGCAGGCUGACAGUCAAAGCUGCUCCACUUGAUUGCUGUUCGCCGAACAUAGCUCCAGCCCACGCCUCCUUCCAUGCUGUGCAUAGGUUGUUGGAUGCAGCCUGGACCCUCGAUGGGUGCUGGGGAAUUGCGAAUCUGGUCCUCGAUCUCGAUGAUAUGACGAGGUGCGGGACUGUGAGCCACGCGUGAGAACAGCGAGAGAGUGAGCAACAAGGAGCACGGGUGGGCGAAGCCGACACGACGAGCGCUGCGAGCGAGGCAAGGACCAGAAACUGCGUCUGCCCGCCGCCUGCUAUAACUCUGGCCUCGACCUCUCGACUCCCAACACCGCUACCUCGACACACCCACGAACCGCGGCUACAAUGGCGACCCGACCCAGCCGAUACCGGUCCUCGACAUCCGCCUCGACACCCCCGGUUGUCUCCAAGGCCGCCGAGGUCCUCCAGACCCUGCUUGACCAGCUCGCGCAGGCCGCCUCCCCCUCGACUUCCGGCGGUAACGGCUACCCCGAGAUACACAAUGUCGUGCGGUACGCGCGCGAGAUACACCAGCUCAUCGCCGCCAACCGCCCUCCGUGCCCCGCGCAGGACAACUUCCGCCACCUGCGCGGCUUCCACCGCCUCAUCGACGUCCUGAGGGCCUUUUCGGGCUUCUACGACCCCAGUGUCCGCACCCCCACCGAGCGGGCCUCCCUCUUCGAGCUCCUGCACGUGUUGCUAGCCGUGCUGUCCGCCGCAUUCCGCGAGCAUCACGGCAACCGCCGAUACUUUCGCCACCGCGUCGAGGGCGGCGGCUGGGAGGCCCUUGAGCAGGUCCUGGCCAGCAUCGGUCUUGGCGGGAGCGAUGCCGAUCUCUGGACAAACUGUCAGCUUUUCGGAAAGUUGCUAUCCUUCUCCCUGGAUGACCAGCGGUUCGACGAUCUCAGCCGCUGGGUCGGCUCGGCGGUGGCGGCAAGAAAAGAGACUGCGACCACUCCGAGCAGCACCGCUGCGACCACACACGAAGAAGCAAAGGAUGGAACGCAGACAGAGGAUAACGGCGGAGAACCACCUCCUAGCCUCGAGACGAUAAAACAGAAGCUGGAAGGAAUAGUUGGGGUCAAGACUGUACUGCACAACCCGGAGAUUAUGCGUGCGGUCAUCGACUUCUGGGAGUCGAUACCGCGGGACAAGGGGCUUGAAACGAAUCCCGCCUCGGUGCUGGUGCUCUCCACGAUCUCGUCCGUCGUAAACACCUCCUUUUUCAACCUUUCGGCGCUGCACAGCACAGGAGUGCUGUCCAGAUUACUCCGCAUCUAUUUUGACCCUCAGUCCAAGCUUAGCCAGGCCGAGAAGCAGAUCGUGCUACCCCUCUGCCGGAUGCUCAUGUCUCUCGGCGUGAACAAGCUGGCGGAUGCGCAGUUCCUUCUUGCCAGCCGAGAUCCGGCUGCGUCCGAGUUCUGCCUCGAGAUGACCGAGAAGCACAACGGUCCGAGCUUCGUCCAGUUCGACCUCUCGCUGCAUGGCCACUCCUCUAUCGAGCUGCCCAACCUCGGCCGCUCGUUCCCGCCGCAGUCUUCGCCGGGCUACACGUUCACUGCCUGGGUGCGGAUCGACAGGUUCGAUCCUAGCGCGCACACUACCAUAUUUGGAGUUUUCGAUGCCACCCAGACCUGCUUCCUGCUCGCAUACCUCGAGAGAGACACACACAACUUCAUCCUACAGACGUCAGUCACGUCGCAGCGCCCGAGUGUGAGGUUCAAGGGCUUCACCUUCAAGACGGGCCAGUGGUAUCACAUCGGUCUCGUCCACAAGCGCCCCAAAACCAUGAUUGCAAGCAAGGCUUCGUUGUAUGUGAAUGGCGAGUUUGUCGAGCAGAUACGGGCUGCCUACCCCGUACCGCCGCCCCUAUCCAAUGCCAGCACCGAGAGUUUCGCUUCAUUUACAUCCAACGCCAACAAGACUGUGCCUGUCCAGGCGUUCCUCGGCACGCCCCGAGAUCUCUCGACCCAGCUCGGUCCUGGGCUGAUCUUUUCCCGAUGGUCGAUGGCGUCGGCGCACCUUUUCGAAGACGUACUCAGCGACGACUUUCUCGCCGUGCACUACCGUCUGGGUGCGCGCUAUCAAGGAAACUUUCAGGACUGCCUGGGCGGCUUCCAGACAUACGAGGCGUCGGCCGCGUUGGGCCUUCGUAACGAGCUGUUUCAUCCCGGCAAAGACGAGAACUCGGAUAUUUUGAGGGCGAUCCGUGGACGUGCCAGCACAAUUCUCCCCGAAGCCAAGAUAGCCAUGGGCACGAUGCCGGCUGCCAUGUUCCGCACCGACAGCUUGUUCCUCGACUCGCGCCUCUUCCGCUCACUCUCACGUGUGGCUGCUGGAAACCUGCUCUCCAUGACAACUAAGAGCGGUACUGCCAUCGCCGUUAAUGUGGCUCUCCCCUGUGUCAACGACGCCCUCGUGCGCGCCCACGGAGUUUCUGUGCUUUCAGGCGACCCUGUGCUCGCCGUUCCCCGCAACUUCGACGACAGCCUCUGGCGGCUUGCAGGCUUUACACCUGUAGUUCUGAAGUUGGUCGAGCGCUCGACGACGCCCGAGGAGCUCCUCAGAGGCGUCGAGAUGAUGUUCCUCUGCAUAAACAAAAGCUGGCGCAAUAGCGACGCCAUGGAGCGGGAGAACGGGUACUCUAUACUGGCCAUGCUGCUGCGCGCCAAGCUGGGCUAUGGCGUGUCGUCCCCAGCAGGGGGCAGCGGCUCUGGCAGCGACAACGGCGCCUGGCGUCUCAAGCUGACGGCCGAGGAGCGAGACCGGACGAGCUUCCAGCUCCUCAGUCUGGUACUGGCCUUUGUCGGCUACAAGCACACAGACCCCAUCGAAUCGUUCAUCAUCAACCCCCUGGCCUACCGGAUCCUCCUGAUAGACUUCGACACCUGGAGGAAGUCGGCUCCCAUCACGCAAGAGCUUUACUACAAGCAGUUCGUCACGUUCGCCGUCAUGAGCAAGUACCACCAGUUCAACAGUCGCGGGCUGUCAAGAAUGCGCAUCAUCAAGAGGCUCCUCGACGCCAUGAAAGCAGAGACUGUGCCCGAAGAUACGAUGCCACACUUCAUCAAGGCAUUCGAGAGCCUCGUCAAGUGCAACUGCACCCUCGAGGUCCACCGGGCGCUCGCCCGUUUCAUCACGUACGCUUUCCACACCACAGCAAGUUCUCUGCCGAGGACCCCCAAGGCACCGGCGAAUCUGAGCCGCUCAAGCACGCCUGGUAUAACAACACUGGCACGUCGGCCGACGGUCGAGAUUAACGGGUCCGGGAGCGCAACCAGCGCGCCGCGAACGCUCGGCCGGAGACAGCUGGGAGUCAAGAUCCUCGAGGUCUACACGCGACUUCUCUGCGAGCGUGGCAACAUGGCGGACAUCAGGAGAUUUGCACGCGCGGUUACUAACAAGUGGCUGCUGUGUCUCCUGGCCGAGGAAGAUGCCGAAAUCGUAGUGUACGCCUGCAAGAUAUUGGCACGGCUGCUGGUCACGCACGGCUCAUCGUACACGUCCAAAUUCUCCGCAACAAACAAGACUGGAGGGUUCUGGGUCAUGGCCUAUCGGUUGAAGCACUGGUGGGAGCUGUCGACUCUAUGGCCCAUCUGUUUCUGCAUCCUCUUCGGCAAGGACGUCGCGGACGUGGACUUCAGCCGACCAUUCGACCACAACACUUUGCUCGACAUCUUCACUGGCCGAGUAAUCUAUCCGGACGCCUUACCGAUAGUGACCUCGAUGUUUCAGCAUGGCCUGAGAGAUGUCAUGAGGCACCAGGACGACCCGGAGUCCCCGGCGGGCAUGGGAGGGUUCGUUAAGAGCGUUCCCACCGUCGUCGAUACCGCCGAGUCCAAGCCGGGGCCUCGGUCCAUGGCAUUGGCAGACGAACUGAUUUCUCGACAAACGCCCCGGCCCGACAAGGAGAGGGUAGAUAACCACGCAGUGGUCCUGCACACCGUGAUUCGCUUCCUGUCCAGCCUGCACACGCGAUCGCCAGACUUUAGAGAGUUCUGUCUCUCGUCAGAGUACGUCCGGUACCUGCUGUCGGCUCUUUAUCCCAUCAUCGUUAGUGCCGACCCCGUCAGCCCAGAGACGGAGCUCAACUCAAAAGACUCGGCCCUCACGUUCGAGGGCGGGGAUGUUAUAAUACGGCCGGUGCCUGGCUCAGGUAACUCAGCGCCGAUCGUGAGGACCUCAACCACCACGCUGCCAGACCGACCAGGUGCGGCUCCGGUACAGGGGUCAAAGGGAACCCCUCUCCGCAAGGCCUCCUCGUUCAUCCUACUCACGGCGCAGAAGUCGCCUCAAUUUCCAAGCCAGGCUCUCUUCGCGCAGGUCAUGUCACCGAAGAAAAUUGUGGCGACGCAAAAGGUCAGCAACGCCGUGCUCGACGGGCUCCUGGACCUCGUGACGGCCGUGUUCGGCGAGCAGGUGCUUGUGCGCAAGGAGUUCCCGGGCUUUGGCCUGUCUAUCAAGGUGCCGCCUGGGUUCCAAGAGCAUCAGGCGUACUUUGAGUCGUACGUCCUGCGCAGCACCAUCUCGCACCUUGAGCACGCUAUCCAGAAGGACCUGAAGGUGUUAUGCGAACCCAAGGCGCUCACAAACGUAGGCCGCUUCACGUCGCACAUGACCGAGGCCAUUUUUGAGGGCUGGUUCAUGAAUGGUAUCGAGCCAAUGCUCGACUUUACCGGCAUGCUACUCGAGUAUCUCCAGCGCCCCGAUAUCUCGACACUGAAGAGCGUGCGGCUCUGCAACCAGGCCGUGGCAACGGUGCGACACUCGUUCCUCAAGCUCGCCCUGCUGCGUCUCAGCGAGAUUGAUGAUCCUCAGCUGUCGGACUCGGAAGCCUCAUCAGCCCUGCAGCGAAUAUUCUACUGGCAGACCGUCCUUCUGGCUUCGGUCUCGGCCGACGACGACUACAUGAAGCUCGUCUGGUACCAGCUGUACUCGAGGCUCCUCGAUUCCAGGGAACAGAUCCGGCUCAUGGCGGCGAGUGUGUGGCGCAUUAUGCUGGUGCAGAAGCCCGAAGAGUCCCAAACCAUCCUACGGCAGUGCGCGGGCCCAGACCAGCGCCAGCUUACCCAGAACUUCAGCAAGCUCACCGAGGUGGACGACGGCAACUUUGUCAAGUGGGUGGACGAGCACAGGCCGUCGUUGGAUACUCUCUUCUUCGGCGGCAUGGCGCGGCCGUGGGAGGACUUUGUGGCGGUGGAAAACCAACGCACGACGGAGACGGCGCGCUCGCGGCUCAGUAGACGCAGGGAAAAGCUGCGCCAGUGGCACGCCGAGGGGCUGGAACGUGAUAACGUGCUGGUGCGGCACGAGAUGGCAAACGGCGGCUGGGCCAAGAGCAUCUACGUGGACGAGUACUUCCGUCACCAGCGGCUGCUCCAGGACCAGCAGGACGACCUGGCCUUCCUGUCGUCAGCCUUUGCUAAGAUGGACCGCGAUCUGCGGCGACCGGGUGCUACAUUUGCCGAGCAAGCCACGGUCAAGUGGAAGCUGGACCGGACCGAGGGGCGCAACCGUAUGCGGCUGAGGCUGCUACCGGACUACGCGCUGCGGCAGGAGGGAGGAUAUCAGACAAAGCAGCGUAGGAACACAGACGCUGCCGCCGCGCCUUCGACUGUGCCGCAGAACAACACCGACAACAACAGCAACAACAAUACAGGCCAGCCGCUGCUUGCGGUUCCGACUGUCGCGAUCGGAUCCUCAAAGCCGAUCACAUCGCCUAUUUCUCCCUCCAAGGACCCUGCGCAAGGGGCUGGCCGAGGCAAGGAUUUUGACUUCUCCACCGAGCCGGAUUCUGUCGGCGGGGACACGGACAGCACAAAGGGGGUUGGGCCCGAGGAUGACUUUGAGCUUGUCGAGAAUCCGGACGACCCGGAGGCCGAGGACAGCUUCGAGGACAAGAACCGCAAGGUGAUGAGGCGGCUGGAGCAUGGCGACCAGGUGCAGAGCGUGUACAACAUCUCGCGUAUCAUCGGACUGGAGGCGUGUGAGGGCAUCCUGUUGAUCGGAAAGGAGGCGUUGUACCUGAUGGACAACGUCUUCCAACGGUCCGACGGCGAGAUCAUUAAUGUGUGGCAGGCGCCGCCCGAGGAGCGCGACCUGUUCUCGCAGAUCAUCACGCAAGACAAGGGCGCGGCGGACAGGCGGGCUGUCAGCAAGCGUAGCGAGCAGGAGUCUCGGAGCUGGCGGUGGCUGGAUGUCAUCAGCAUCUCGAAGCGGCGCUUCCUCUUCCGGGACGUGGCGGUCGAGAUGUUCUUCCGCGACGGACGCAGCUACCUGCUCACGGCCAUCAACCCGGCCAUGCGCGACGAGAUCCACGGCAAGCUGGUGCAGAAGACGCAGCAUAGUGCGGGGCCCGGGUCGUCGCUGGCCAGCCCCGAGGAUGCGUGGCGGCUCGAGGCGCUCAAGGUGUUUGAGGAGGCGCCGCAGACAUUCGGAUCCAAGUUCGGCAGCAUCUUCAACUCGUCGCCCUGGAACCCCAUCAUGCGGCGGUGGCAAAAGGGCGAGAUCUCGAACUUCCACUACCUGAUGCUCGUCAACACCAUGGCCGGGCGCACCUUCAACGACCUGACCCAAUACCCCGUCUUCCCCUGGGUGCUGGCCGACUACAGCAGCGACGAGCUCGACCUCAACGACCCGGCCACCUUCCGGGACCUGUCGAAGCCCAUGGGCGCGCAGACGCUCAAUCGGCAGGCCGACUUCCGCGAGCGCUACAACGGCCUGGCCGAGCUCGACGUGCCGCCCUUCCACUACGGCACACACUAUUCGUCGGCCAUGGUGGUGGCAUCGUACCUGAUCCGUCUGCCGCCGUUUGUGGACUCGUACCUGCUGCUCCAGGGCGGCCACUUUGACCACCCGGACCGGCUCUUCUACUCUGUCGCGGGCGCGUGGAAGUCGGCGUCGCAGGACAACGGCUCCGACGUGCGCGAGCUGAUCCCCGAGUUCUUCUGCCUGCCCGAGUUCCUGAGCAACAUCAACAGCUACGACUUUGGCACGCGGCAGGACGGCAGCAAGGUCGACGGCGUCGUCCUCCCGCCCUGGGCCAAGGGGGACCCCAAGGUCUUCAUCGCGCGCCACCGCGAGGCGCUUGAGAGCCCGUACGUGACGCAGAACCUGCACCACUGGAUCGACCUCGUGUUCGGCUACAAGCAGCGCGGGGAGGCGGCCGUCGAGAACCUGAACGUGUUUCACCACAUGUCGUACCACGGCGCCGUCGACCUCGACAACGUCACGGACCCGCAGGAGCGCAAGGUCAUCACGAGCAUCAUCCACAACUUUGGGCAGACGCCGCACCAGGUCUUCCCCAAGCCGCACCCGCCGCGCGAGAGCGUGCACUGUCAUAUCAAGAGGCUCGACACGUCCAUCUACGCCUUGACCAGGUUGCCGUAUCCGCUGCUAGAGAGCCACGAGAAAGUAGCGUCCCUCAUCUACGCGCCCAAGCUAGACCGCCUCUUGUGCGCGUCGCCGUUCCGCGUCAACCUCCCGCCGCACUACGACAAGUUCCUCGAAUGGGGAUACGCGGAUAACAGCGUGCGGUUCUACUUCAGCGAUAAUAGGAAGCUGGCCGGGGUGUUCGAGAAUACGCACAUGGGGCAGAUUUCGUGCGUGGCCUUUGCCGACUCCAAGACACUCAUCUCGGCGGGCGAGGACGGCGUUGUGACGGCCCAUACGGUGCAGACGGGCGGGCCAGGGAAGCCGAUCGACAUACAACCACGGUCGUCGCUCUUUGGCCACAAAACGGCCGUCACCACGGUGGCUGUAUCCAAAGCACUCAGCGUGCUCGUUACGGUCAGCCAGGACGGCGAGGCACUGCUCUGGGACCUUAAUCGGCUCGAGUUCGUGAGGCGGCUGCAGGGCCCCAACAGCGGCGGGAGCGGCGGCGCCUGGCCGAUCGAGUGCGCCCGGGUCAACGACGUCACGGGCGACAUCAUGCUGUGCUCGGGCACCAACGUGGUGCUCUUCUCGGUCAACGGCGACCUCAUCCUCCACCAGAACGUGUGCGGCCCCGCGGCGGCGCACGGCGGCGACGGUGGCUUCCUGACGGUCGACCACCACCGCGGCGGCGGCGGGAGCAGCAGCCGGAGCAGCAGCGUCGGCAGUCGGGGCAACGGCGUCGCCGGCGGUGGGGGCCACGCGACGCCGACGGACGACUACGUCUACUCGUGCGCCUUUUAUGAGGGCAGCGGCGGCGGCGAGUGGCUCGAGAGCCAGCUCAUCUUCACGGGCCACCGGCGCGGGCGGGUCAACGUCUGGCGCAAGGUCGUUUCUGCGGCCGCCACUGGAGCGGGCAACAUGGCUGCUGGCAGGGGCGGCGGCGGCAGGCGGUCGACCGGGGCAGGGCCCGGCGGCGGCGGCGUGUGGGAGCUCGAGUUCCUGCGGCGGCUUGACCACGUGGACCCCAAGUCGGAGACGGGGGCCAACGUGGAUGCGGCCAUGACGUGCAUCACGCCCAUGCCACAGGUGGUGUACACCGGGGACGAGGAUGGGAGGGUGUACGAAUGGAAUUUGAUCCAACGUGAACGAUAGGGGCCGGUUGUGGUGGGAUGGAAGUCAGGACUAUUGACUAAAAGGGGGUGGUAGGUUGAGCAGGAGAAGCUUGUUUUUUCUUUCUUUCUUCGUUGUCUACCACACAAGUUUUCAUCCUUAUAGAGAGCACACCAAAGGAGCGCUGGAGGGGGCUGCCUAUUUCUGAUAUAUCGACCAUCAUUGUAUAGGAGUUUGUUGACAAGUGAGAGAGCUGAGUCUGAAAAAAACGGGGGCAAAACACACGGCCAUAGCGAACUGAGGAAAAAGGAACAUGUUUGCAGAAAAGAA